AUGUACCAAUUGUCUGAAGUGGAGUCCAACUAUCGCAGACUGUUUAAAGACUUUCUACGCAAUAGUUAUAUAAAUGGAUUAAAGCUACUGCUUCUACACAGCCCGGUGCACUACGCCAAAGCACUUUGGUUGGCAUUUCUGGCUGUGAUUGUUGUCUGGACACACAUCGUUAUCGUCAAUCUGACACUCGAGUACAUCGAUCAGCCCACUGAGAUUCACAUGGCACCCAAUCUGGUGCAUGUAUCCAACAGUCCCUUUCCCGCUGUGGGUGUUUGCAGGUCCAGCAUGAUUAGCAAGAGUCUAAUGCAUAACUAUGCCGCUAAAAUCUAUCAGCACCAGACUCAAAACGGGGCAGCAGUUGGCAAUGGCAGUCGCUACUCCCCGUUAGGCUUGGAGGUCUUGGCGGACCGCCUGCUGCUGCUGAGCAACUUCUAUUUGAAUGCGGACGAGGAGGCCCCAUUGGAUGUCGCGGAACUGGGUCAGCUCCACUGGCUACUCACUAGCUACUACAAUGGCAGUGAGUAUUCGGUGCACGACAUACUGCGCGAGUUGACGCCCGAUUGCGGUGACCUAGUGCUGCGAGGGAUCGUCUAUGGCACGCCUGUUAACACGAGCCAAUUGUUCAUCAAGCGGGCAACGUCGUCUGGUGUGUGUUGCAUAUUCAACUAUAGGCGACCCAGCUAUUCGCAAUAUCCCGGACAGCGUGAGCGAGAUGAUGCUGAAAUGGCGGCACUGCCACAGGUGGUUUUUGAAUCGAACUCCGUUUUGAACGGCAUACAAUUCGUGCUGCAGGACACACACCAGGACGACUACACAUUGAGCUAUUUCACGAAUACGGCCUUCCGGCUCAUGAUCUUUCCGCAAGAGGAUUACGCCUCGGUGCAGUCCAAUAAGCAUGGCGAAAUACUCGUGGAUCACAACACCAUUGUGGAGAUUCCCGUGCAGCCGAAGUUCUUCGACUCCAGCGCUGCGGUGCGCGGCGUCACGCCCAAGGUACGGCGCUGUUACUUCCCCGAGGAGGGCCAAAAGUUGCUGAAUCAAUCGUACUACUCACUGGAUGAGUGCAUUCUACUCUGUCGCAUCAACAGCAUGCUGCAGCAUUGCGGCUGUGCGUCAUCCCCCAUGGCCGGCACCGCUCUGAAUGUCAGCUACUGCUCGCUGCUCGACUUGCCGUGCCUGAUGAAGUGGCGCAGCGUUUGGUAUGGCUUCACUGAGUACCCGUAUGUGGAGCAGGACGAGGAAGCGGCGGAUGACGCCAGCAGCAUGGCCCAAUGUCCACUUUGUCUGCCCAGCUGCGAUGGCGUUAACUUCGAGAUUAGCAGCAACGUGGCUCCGCUCAGGAGAUCCUUCAACUCAUCCGGCUACGGACAUGGCCUACUCAAGGACUUGAACAACGACCGCCCCUUGUCCAUAAUCAAAUUGUUCUUCAAGCUGCGCUUUGCGAAGUCCACACAAAUGAAUAUGGUUGGCGAUUGGAUUGUGCUGCUCAAUCGUUUUGGUGGCAUUUUAUCAUUGAUGUACGGCUUCAGCAUAAUUAGCUACAUAGAAAUAUUUUACUACCUCACUGGCAAAUGGUUUGUCUUUUACUACAGAGCAUGGCUCAAACCAAGAAACGACAGCAAUAAAAUUGAUUCAGUCACCAGCUCGCUGCACUGGAAUGAAUAAUAAUAAU